AUGUCCGACAACGACACGCUGGUUGCGUUGGUGCACCGAUGCCCGCAUCUGAAGUGCAUCGAUUUGACUGAAAGCGGCGAGGACAUCACCGAUAGCGCACUCAUGGUAGUUGCUGUCGACUGCCAUGGACUUGAGGUCCUUGUUCUCAACAACUCUUCCGCCAUCACCGACGACGGCCUACUCGCUGUCGUCCGCAACUGCCGGCAUCUACGAACUGUGCUCAUCAAGUACCAGUCUGCCGGCUCAUCGCCUACCAGCAGUCCGCCGCCGACAUCGUCUCAGACAAACGAAGAAAGCGCUUCUGGAGGCUACAUGGCGUCACCAUCGUUUAUCCAGCCGCCAGCUACAAACAUUUCCGGUAGGAAGUGGGACGUGUUCAUCUGCCACGGCGGCGGGGACAAGGGUAUCGCCAGAGAUCUCUACAACAACCUCACCGGUCGCGACCUCCGUGUCUUUCUUGACAUCAAGUCGCUUGACGGUGAGCGCUGCGCAACCCCGCGUGACAUGGUUGCCCACGUCAAGGCGUCAUCGGUCGUUCUCGUCCUUGUUUCCAAGUUCCUCAUUGUUUCGCGCUGGGCCAUGGCUGAGGCCAAGGCCGCAGUGGAUGCUGCCGACGCCAACCGUGGCAAGGUCUUCUCUGCCAUCAUCGGCAGCGACAUUACGUCGACCACGCUCCGCAACAUGAAGGAGCAUGAUGUCAACAGCAUCGACCAUCCGCUCAUCCACGCCAUGGACAACUUCUUCCAAACCGACGCCCAUCACGAUCAGUGGUCCAACUGGCGGCACGAAAAGUUCACCCCUGCCCACAAGACCGAUCACGUCGCCACUGUCUUCCGCCUCCUCGAGUACGGUUUCGCCCCGUUUGGUCCCAGUGACCAGCCGUCGGAAAUCGUGAGCGAGAUCGCCAAGCGAACACGCAUCUUGGCGACAGGCUCCCCGUAGACUAACCAACCCGAUCCAAGCUCAGAUCAUUUGUCCCCCAAAGUGCG